UUGAAGUAACGAGGUGUACUUGAAAGCACCACAGUAGGCUGCGGACUGGUGAUGUCAGUUUAUGGUCUGUAGGAGUUACUGUAUCACCAUGUGUGCCGACACAGAGUAGGCCUACUGCUGGCCGUCAGCGGGCAGGCAGAGGAGAAGAGGAGGGGAGGAAAAGUGUGUUUACACAGACGGCAAACUGCCUGGGGAAUCGUCGGGGAGAGGAAGUCAGCCGGCUCUGUGUCUGCCUGCUCCAACUUCCUGCUCAGAAAGAGAAAAAGCCCAGGAUCCUAUUUCAGCCCAGCACAACCGUGUAGACCAGAAGAAAGCAUGGAAAAGAUGGGAACCACACAAGUUUCACCGUAAAGUUUCGCGGAGGGAAAAGCCCAAGACAGAGAUCGCAGGAGGUUUGUCUGGUCCGCAGUGGCUGCCGGAUGCUUUCAAGUUCCUCUGUUCUAUUUGCAGCAUCUCUUGCAAAGGUAUGGACAGCGCCAUCACCCUGUGGCAGUUCCUGCUGCAGCUGCUGCUGGACCAAAGUCACAAGCAUUUGAUAUGUUGGACGUCAACAGACGGAGAGUUCAAGCUCCUGAAGUCGGAGGAAGUGGCUAAGCUGUGGGGGCUGCGCAAGAACAAAACCAACAUGAACUACGACAAACUGAGCAGAGCCCUGCGCUACUACUAUGACAAGAACAUCAUCAAGAAGGUGAUCGGUCAGAAGUUUGUCUAUAAGUUUGUGUCCUUCCCUGAGAUCCUGAAGAUGGAUCCUCAGGCAGUUGAGAUGGGUUUGGCCUCUGGAAGGUUUCCCCUCCAGGAAGGAGAGGUCUCUGAGCUGGAGGUAGAGGAGGAGGAGGAAGAGGAAGGGGAGGAGGAGGCCCAGAGGAGGACCCUGGCAGCCCUGGGGGCACAGCAGUGUCGGAAUGACUACCUCCGCUCGGGUCUCUACUCCUCCUUCAGCAUCAGCUCCCUGCGGAACCAGCCUGAGCUCCUCCGAGUCCUGCAGGAGCGCCAGGAGGAGCCGCGCUCCGUCAUCCGCUUCGGCACAAACACCAGCGACAGGAGCUCCCCUCCCUCCGCCAAGCCCGAGUCCUACGUCUCCCCCAGGCUAUCUAAACUCCACUCCCCAUCCCCUCCCCACAUCAAACCCUCCCAGCCUGGUCGAAGCCGGAGCCCUGCAGCCAAGGAGGAUGAAGAGGAGGAGGAGGACUCUGACCAGAGCGCUCAGCCCCUCAACCUGUCCUCUGGGCACAGGGAGCGAGCCCAGCAGCCUCCUGAGAGGAGCAGCAGCAGCAGCAGUGGCAGAAGUAGCUCUGCUAGUAGUAGUAGUAACCAAGGAGAUGGACUCCCACCAAAAAGCAAAAAACCCAAAGCUCUGGAGAUCUCCGCCCCGUCCCUGCUGCUCGCAGGGAGUGACAUCGGCUCCAUCGCCCUCAACAGUCCGGCGCUGCCGUCUGGCUCCCUCACUCCGGCCUUCUUCACUGCACAGACUCCCUCUGGUUUGCUGCUGGCUCACAGUCCUCUGUUGUCAGGAAUCCACUUCUGGAGCAGCUUGAGCCCCGUCGCCCCGCUCAGCCCCGCCCGGCUGCAGGGCCACAGCUCCCUCUUCCAGUUCCCCAGCCUAAUCAACGGACACAUGCCUGUCCCCCUGCCAAACCUGGAAGGAACACCCUCCUCUCUGCUCCUGUCCCCCACCACCCACAAGUCCUGAUCCAGGGUCUGUGAAAAAUCAUCAUCCAUGUCUUGUUGAAAGUUUCUCAUCAUUAAUAUCAUCUGCAGCAGUGAUCUCUUGUCAGUCUUGUUAAAUUUUGCUUCAGAAAAGUCCUACGAGACACUAUGUGACCUCACUUCUUUUUUUUUUUGCACUUGCGUUGCUUCAGAUUCCAGUGGUUUAAAGCACUUGGUAAAAGCCAUACGCCACGAUGUCUGGGAGACGUCUGGUUCUUUGUGACAAAGUACAGCACAUUUCCACAUGACCAUGUCCAGGAUGGACAGUAGUGACAUGUAGCCAGCUGCUCACUCUGCGCAGAGCUUGGUUCUUUUAAUCUUGUUGUACACAAAAAAAACAAAACAAAAAAAAGUCUUUUUUUUUUCUUAAAUGUUCAGCACAAUGUGAAACUGGUAGUUUCACAUUGUGUGGUAUUGUAAUGUUGAUGUAUGCACUAUGCUUUCAGAUAGUACCGGCUGUGCCUUGUUUCCUUUUUUUUUUUUCCCCAAAAUCUUUUAAUGAAGACAAGAUUUCAAAUUAAUGAAAAACCUUUGUAACACUUGUAAUGUUUCUUUUUUUUUUUUUUUUUUUUUUUAUUCUGGACUUGGUAUACAGUUUGUAUUCUGUAUAAUUUUGUAUUGUGAUGAAUGUCUCGUCAUUUUCAAUAAACAAAGCAUUGAAUGCUUGA